AUGGGCGAUAAGGGCCGUAAAAGAGAUAACAAAGAGCUUGGACAAAAUGAUGAAGAGACCACUGUUGAGAAACGAGUACGAACUGAUACUCGGAGAACUCCUCAUGCGCCGCAACAACCCCAUCUGGGCCAGGAACGGCCGAUUUCAAUGCGCCCAGUUCCCAAUCUCUCACACAUUGUCCAGCCCCGUCCACCCAGAGAAGUCGACAUGACCCAAGUCCCAGUCAACCAGCGAAUUCCCCGACCACCAAGCGGCCGAUAUUCAGACUACUUCUACAUGUACGGGGAAGAACCAACUUACGGCGCAACUGAUCAUAUCGAGGAUAAUUGGUAUUAUCACAUCGCCGUUCCACGACGAGACCGAAGAGGACCAUUUGCUCGACUUUUUGGACGCUAUGCCUUGAGCGUUCCCGUUCCUCGAGAAUUACGAAGCUUCACUCCAAGCCAACGAUUGGACAUGCCAAAGUUGGAAGUCUACACGAUGUUCAUCCACUUCCAAAAUGAACUCACUCCAAUCUACGCCUACAUCGAAUAUCUGAACAGCUUCUGGCAGCAGCAGCUAUUUUCACUUUCAAAACACUGUCCCCCAAAAGAAGGGAGCAAAAAAUGCGGUGGAGCUGUCAACUCACGAGUACGACCACUUGACUCCGAUGGAAAUAUUCCCAUUUUUGUACCGCGGUACCUAAUCGAAGAAUUCGAAGAAACGAACCGCCAACUCCAAUCAAUGAUCCAAGACCAACGAGAUAUGCUCAGCGAUAUCCGGGCUUAUCUCCCUCUCCGCUGGACACCCGCGAAUGGCGUAGAGCUUUUGCGACGUCUUCACGAAUGCGUCGCCGAACUAGAACUCGCGGUUCGUCGAGGUCGUCAGCGCGAACUGCAGCAAGAACGAGAGCGAGAAAAUCGAAGAAAAUCAAACUCUCGCAAACGAAAGCAUGGCUUUUGA